AUCACGCAAGGGGUGGCGACGUGGAAAACAUGGUGGACAGGAGUAUGUAGAGUGAUCAGAAUUGUCUCGAAUUCCACAGAAUUUCACGUUUUCGCCUAAGUAAGUGACACUUGACGAACAAAGUGGACCCAGCUCCUGUUGUGUGUGAAAAACAGCCGCCGUUUAAAGGUCCUGGGAGCCGAGACAGCCGCGGAAACUGCGAGAAGCAUUUAUGACAGGAUUUGGCAUAUGCCUGGUGAAAAAACAGUGAAGAGUGGUGAGUCUGGCUGAGCGGAGCCAGUAGAGAUGGGUGCCAACACUAGCCAGGUCAGCGACCUGUCUGAUAACCCCAGCCUCAAGGCUCUUGUGGGCACGGAGUCCAUAUCAGAGAAUGACCCUUUCUGGAACCAGCUCAUCUCCUUCACAUUCAUCAGUCCCACCAGCAGUGGAGACUCCAAAUUACUAGAAGAGGCUGUCAUCCCCCUGGCAAAGAUCCUCAUUGAAAAUAAUCCCAGAUCGGGGAAUUUUGGCGCCCUUGUGAGAAUUUUCUUGGGAAGAACCAAAGAGCUGAAAAUCUCUACAGAAUGCCAAGAUCAGCUGUUUAUCUGGCAGGCCCACAACGCACUGUUCAUGAUUCGCUGCCUGCUCAAGGUGUUCAUCAGGGAGAUGAGUGAGGAGGAGCUGCACUUACAGUUCUCCUACCAGGAGAGGGCGCCAGGCUCCUGUGGAGAAACAGGCAGCCAGGACCUCCUUGAGGAGCUGUUGUCCAACCUCGUGCACCUGAUCGUCGAAGUGCCCUUGCUUGACAUCACCUAUAGCAUCCUGUUCGAAGCUGUGACCACGCUGCUAGUGUUCUUCUCCUAUCAGCUCUUCCACAAAGACAUUCUCAGAGACGGAAUAAUCUAUCAGCACAUCAUGAAGGGACGAUGUUUAUCUUUAACCAGUCGACUGGUGAAGACACUGCUCUAUAACUUCAUCAGGCAGGAGAAAUGUCCACCUCCAGCGACGCACAUUUUUGAGCCGAAAGACGAGGGAGGCCUGCUUUACGGCCUUGCGUCUGGGGUAGCAAGUGGGCUGUGGAGCGUCUUCACAUUGGGUGGAGCUGGCAGUAAAGCCGGGAUAGACCAGGAACACAAUCCCUUACCUUUGUCCAAUCAGAGCCUUCUGUUACUGCUGGUCCUAGCCAAUCUGACAGAUGGACCUGACUGGCCCAACCCCUACCGCCAGGCUAUUACCUGUUUCAGAAACACACAAGACACGUCGUCGCUGUCCACGGAGCAACCUCACACUUUCCAGAUCAAUUUCAACAGUCUGUACACAGCGCUGUGUGAGCAGCAGCGCUCCGACCAGGCAACGCUACUACUGUACACCCUCCUUCAUCAGAACGCCAACAUGAGGACGUACAUGCUGUCCAGAACUGACAUGGACAAUCUGGUGAUGCCCAUCCUUGAGAUCCUUUACCACGUGGAGGACAGAAACUCUCAUCAUGUGUACAUGGCCCUUAUUAUUCUGCUCAUCCUCACCGAGGACGAUGCCUUCAAUCGCUCCAUCCACGAGGUGGUAUUGAAGAACAUCUCAUGGUACACGGAGAGGUCGUUGACGGAGAUCUCACUCGGCAGUUUGCUCAUCCUUGUCGUCAUCCGCACCAUCCAAUUCAACAUGACCCGGACAAGGGAUAAGUACCUACACACCAACUGUUUGGCUGCACUUGCCAACAUGUCGGCCCAGUUUCGUUGUCUCCACCAGUACGCUGCCCAGCGCAUCAUCAGUUUAUUUGCUUUGCUUUCCAAAAAGCACAACAAGGUUCUGGAGCAGGCAACACAGUCUCUGAGAGGCAGACAGGGAGACAGCACAGCCCUGCCCGACUAUGCCCAGGACCUGAAUGUGAUUGAGGAGGUGAUCCGCAUGAUGCUGGAAAUCAUCAACUCCUGCUUGAGCAACUCACUCCACCACAACCCAAACCUAGUGUACGCGCUGCUCUACAAGAGGGAGCUCUUUGAGCAGUUCAGGACGCACCCGUCCUUCCAGGACAUCAUGCAGAACCUGGACACGGUGAUCGGCUUCUUCAGUCAGCGUCUGGAGCAGGCUGGAAGUGACCUGUCAGUCGAGAGGGUUCAGGAGGUCAUCAUGAAAGGAGCCCAGGCGCUGCCCACAGACAGACUGAAGAAGUUCCCGGAGCUCAAGUUCAAGUAUGUGGAGGAGGACCAGCCGGAGGAUUUCUUCAUCCCCUACGUGUGGUCGCUGGUCUUCAACUCUGGCGUCGGCCUGCACUGGAGCCCGCACGGCAUCGAGCUGUUCAGCAUGGACUCCGGCUGAAACACCUGCUGCAGACGGCGCGUGUCUUCAUCUCCGUUCAGUAUAGAGAAUGACAAAAAAAAAAAGACUGUGUGUGUGUGUGUGUGUGUGUGUGUGUGUGUGUGUGUGUGUGUGUGUCUGUGUUUGGGUGGGUGUGUGCGCAUUGCCCUUUAUAGUAUGUGCACGCUGCUUUGGAAGUGCCUCAACCUUGUACAGAAUGGUGUUUCUUCCGCAUUUUUUUUUUUCUUUUUAUGCAGCGCAACCUCUUUUUUUCUCCUCAUAUCACAAUAACUUCUCUGCUUCUACACUGUGAAGCCUUCAUGUGUAACAGUUCCCACAGUAGCACCCCCUCAUGUACAGUCAGUCCUGUCGGGAAUAACCUAUUUAACAUUUGAGCAGCUUCACCUGGUUCCCAGUUACAUCUCUUAUGUAAAGCGUUUUUGCGAGGCGCUCAGGACACUGGCGACGGAUAAUCCUACGGUUUUUCUUGCUUUUAAAAGAAAAGGUCAAUUAAAAACACACACCUUUCAGUGUUUUACAUGCUCUGGUAAACAUUAAGUUACAGCUGCAUUUACUGAAUGCUAAGAAAUAAUUUUCAAGCCAGGCCACGUGUUUUGGAAGACACUGCAUUCAUUUCAUGAUUAGCUUAUAUAAUAUGGCGUUUUAGGUCUAAUUAAUCUGAUAAAUAAGCUUUUUAUUUCCAUCUACGUUGUUCUCUGCGUACGCCGGGUUUGUAUAAUAGAUUUAUGUUCCUGAUAGAGCUUUAAAAAAAACAGAAAAAAAAAUACAGGUCAGAUAAAGAGAACCAACAGGAAAGACGUCUGUUUCGUGGUAACACACGCGGGGUCCACCAGCGUUGCUCGGUGGCUUCCUCCAAUAACCCACAUUGAAUUACAGUUUAAUUAAGGCUUAAUUUCAGUCCCUGGAUAAUAUCAGCAGUCCACAUCGCUUUGAUUCAUGUGAUUUCAUUGUUGCUUCCAGCCCAUUUAUUUGACUCUCCCCUGUCUUUGUCGUUUCCCUUUUAUUCCUGAUGGUAACCCAAGGCAAGUACUUAAACUAGGACAAGUCAUUAAACCUCCUGUCCUACUGUGGAUAA